AACAUGUUCUCGGACAGAUUUGACGCCCAUAUUCCCACCCAAAAUCUCCUAUAAAAGCCCCAAGACAAGCCUGUGCUCAACCCCCUCCCGUUCACCCUAUAAUCCUCUCUAUCUCUCUCUUUCUUUCUCGGUUCAACUUUCACGUGUUCUCUAAACCACUCUUUUCUUGACACACACACACACAAAAAGCAGAAAAUAUGUGUCAUAUAACUUCCCACCUCCCCUGCAAAUGCAACUCAAACCCGGAGUAUGUAGUUUCAAUGAAACCCCCAGAGGCAGACAUGAUGAUCACCAACCCCUUGAUCCAAAAGGACAUAACAGUAACACUAACAACACUCCAUGAAGAAAAAAACGACCCAAGAACAAUGCAAACCCAUCAUCAUGUCUUGAAAGAACUCAUUUCAAUAUGCAAGAUAGCCUUCCCCAUGAUCCUCACCGGUCUCUUGCUCUACUGCCGUUCCAUGAUCUCCAUGCUCUUCCUGGGCCGCCUCGGCGAGCUGGCCUUAGCCGGCGGCUCACUCGCCGUGGGCUUCGCCAACAUCAGCGGCUACUCUAUCCUCUCCGGCCUCGCCGUCGGAAUGGAAUCCAUUUGCGGACAAGCCUACGGUGCCAAAAAGUUCUCCCUCCUCGGCCUCUGCUUACAAAGAACCAUUCUCUUGCUCCUCUUCACUUGUAUCCCAAUCUCUCUCCUUUGGCUCUACAUGAAGCAUAUCCUUCUAUUAUGUGGCCAAGACGAGGCUAUCGCCACACAAGCCCAAUCAUAUCUUCUUUAUUCCAUCCCUGACCUCUUAGCACAAUCUUUUUUACACCCUUUAAGAAUUUACCUUCGAAGCCAAUCCAUUACUCUGCCUCUCACUCUUUGUGCCACUUUCUCAAUUCUCCUCCAUAUUCCUAUCAACUACCUUCUCGUUUCCCACCUCAAUUGGGGAAUCAAAGGCGUGGCUCUCAGCGGGGUUUGGACUAACCUCAACCUCGUAGCUUCUUUGAUUCUCUACAUAGUCUUCUCUGGCACCCAUAAGAAAACAUGGGGAGGCUUUUCUUUCGAGUGUUUUACACAAUGGAAAUCGCUCCUCAAUUUGGCUAUCCCAAGCUGCAUUUCCGUGUGCCUAGAAUGGUGGUGGUAUGAGAUCAUGAUUUUGUUAUGCGGGUUGUUGGUGAAUCCUAGAGCAACCGUGGCCUCCAUGGGGAUUUUGAUUCAAACAACUUCCUUGCUCUACAUUUUCCCAUCGUCAAUAAGCUUCAGCGUGUCCACAAGAGUUGGCAACAAAUUAGGCGCGCAAAAGCCCUCGAAGGCAAAAUUUUCUUCCAUAGUUGGCCUCUCUUGCAGCUUCAUGUUAGGUGUUUUCGCUUUGGUUUUCACCAUUCUGGUUAGGAACAUUUGGGCCAACAUGUUCACACAAGACAAGGAGAUAAUAACUUUGACCUCAUUUGUGCUACCGGUUAUAGGACUCUGCGAACUCGGAAACUGUCCUCAAACAACGGGGUGUGGAGUGCUGAGAGGCACAGCAAGGCCUAAAGUUGGUGCCAACAUUAACUUAGGUUGUUUCUAUCUUGUGGGAAUGCCUGUGGCGGUUUGGCUUGGUUUUUUCGCAGGGUUUGAUUUUCAAGGGUUGUGGCUUGGGUUACUUGCGGCUCAGGGGUCUUGUGCAGUGACCAUGUUGGUGGUUCUGAGUCGAACGGAUUGGGAUGCUGAGGCUCUAAGGGCAAAGAAACUAACCAGUGUUGUUGUUGAUGACAGCAAGGAGGUUGGUGCAGAGAAGCCACCGAAAGCUGAAAUCAAGGAAGAUUCUUUAUUAUCAUUAGCUGAUUCAGAUGAAGAUAAACAAUCGUGGGUUUCAACUUUUUGGUAAUCUCGGUUUUUGUUGGUCAGGAACAAAAACCAAAAGGGAAAAAUCAAACAAGACAAAGGGAGAGAGAGAAAUCUAUCAGGAAUUUUGUCUUUAGCUGUAUAGGGAAGGAGAGGGUAGUGACAGAGGAUGACUUUUUCUUUUUUAUAUAAUUUUAGAUCACAUGGGUGGAUCGAGGAAUUUAACUACAAUAAUAAUGUUACAAAUUUUUCACGUAAA